GUUUUGGGCCCUUAUAUUGGUGCUGUUUACUAUCAUAAAUUCCUUCCUUAAUUGCAUAAUGAGCCGAUAUCACAAAUUCAUAAACUAAAUUAUCUCAAAAAAAUUCAUUAACUAAAUUAACCUUAAAAAAUAUUGUUACCAAACUCCAGUUUCCCCAUGUACUCGUAUGUUACCUUCUUGGACCUAGAGGCAUGACAGAAAUGACCUUAACUUUCAUAAAAGAACAAAUCAGUAAGCCCUCUUAUUCCAAAAAAAAAAUGGUGAACAAAUCAGACACAAAUUAAAUCAGAUGUGUGGCUGAAAAAAGAACAAGGAAAUAUAUAUAGCAAAUCAGAUAUCAUAAGAAGAUAUUGCCCCUCACAAUCUCCACAGAAUCCUUCCAUCAGCUCACAAAUCUCCAAAAUUAAUUCCAAAACGGACACCGACGAUAAGAAAACUAAAUAAAUUAGCAGGCAAAUUAAUUAUAAACAUGUACAAAGCCCCAAAUUAACAGAAAGGAAAAUAACAAAAACCAGCUGAAAUUCCAAUGCAGCUUCCCUUCUUUACAUAUGGCAACCCUUCUCUCCCCUUCUUCCAUGCAUAUUAAUCCCCCAAAAAAAAUCAAGAAAAAAUAAUUAGCACGUCAAUUAAUCGCCAAAUUCGCCGCCGGGGGACAUGGCCGCCAGGAGGAAGCCCGCGCUGAUCUGCUGCGGCGCGGCGCUCGCCGCCGCCGUCGUCCUCGCCGCCGUCUUCACCGCGCUCUACUUCACCGUGCUCCGGCCGCGGCCGCCGCGGGUGACGGCGACGGUCGUCGGCACGCGCGUCUCCGCCUUCGCCCUCAUCCCGUCGCCGGCGCUGAACCUGACCUUCGACGUGGCCGUGGCGGCGUACAACCCGAACCGCGCGGCGUUCGAGUAUGGCGAGGUGGUGACGGUGGUGCGGUACCACGGCGACGCGGUGGGGGAGGCGGUGGUGCCGCGCGGGGAGGUCGGGGCGCGGGCGUCGGCGGAGGUGAGGGCGGCGGUGGAGGUGGACGCCGUGGAGGUGUUCUCGUCGCCGUACUUCCCCCUGGAGGGGAUCGCCGGGGCGCUGCCGUUCGAGACGGCGACGACGGUGGCGGGGAAGGCGGUGGUGCUGGGCGUGCUCAAGAUCAGGGCGAGCUCCGUGGUGACGUGCGGCGUCACGGUGUUCCCGCUCAGGAAGGAGACCACGUCGCCCCAGUGCACCUCCACCGUCCACGUGGGCUGAUCGAUCGAUCGCGGCCGUCCGUACUUCGUGCGAUGGCCUUUGUUCAAUUGUACAAAAGUACGCAAGUUAAAUUAAGCCCCUCUUUAGGAAUUACAGUACACGCGCUUGUUUUUUUCAAGUAUACUGCUCUUGCUUUGAGCAAUUUCUUUUAAUGGAUAGUCAGAUUGGACUGCGUUAUAUUUGAUA